UUACACUGCUGUGACAAAAUGAGACAUGCUGCUGCUGCAUAUGAAGUCAUGGGAGCAGCUCACUGGGACUGAUACAGCAACAAUCUAGAUGUUGGCACUUCAAUUAUGAGUUUGCAGUAUCAGCAAUAUGGUAUGAGGUUAGAGACUCAGAGAUGUGGUGCCAACUGGUAUAGAUGGUCCAGGAUGGACAACUGGCUUGCCAUGGCAACAUGAUAGAUGCCAACUUGUAUGGGUCAAUUCCGAUACAAAAUAAUACCAGUACCAAUAUCGUGGAUCAUGAUCCAAAAAUUAGUAUUUGACUAAUAUGGUUUACUGAAAACAAGGUCUUAAUUAUGUUUUUACGAUGUCUGGCAAUAGGCGCCAUCAAAAAAUAUUUAAAGAUAUGAAGAAGAACGGUACGUAUAAGUAAAACAACUGAGUUAGUGCCAUUACCUCGAUUAAUCAGAAACUUCGUAAUUUUCACAGGGAAUAUGUUGAAUUCAUAUCGCUUCAUUAUUACUUCAGGGAAAUUAGUGCUAGUAGUAACAGCACAGCAAGAAAAGAAGAAGAAAAUGAAGCUCUUAAAUUCUUCUUCUUCGUCCUCUGCACAUUCUUCUUCUACAUUGAUUUUCAUUCUAGUUUUGGCACCUUUGUUUAUACUCUCACUAAUUAUAUGUCUAUUUGGUGGUUCUGGAAGCAGAUCAUUUUCAAACUCUUUCUCAGUUUCUCCUAUCUACAGUCCUCACGCAUGGCGGUCGUCGAGAAUUCCCAAGCAAACAAUAAGCAUCACAGCACCAUUACCAACUGUUGAGCCCAAUGUGGAAGAUGGACUAAUUGCGAAGAAAUUUAGCAAAAUAGAGAAGGUGGAACAUGAUCUAGCAAAAGCUCGAGCUUCGAUUAGAGAAGCAAUUUCAAAUGGGGAGAAGCAGACACCUCUUCAUGAAGAUCCAAAUAAUUUAAUUCCCCAAGGCAACAUGUAUAACAAUGCUCAAGCAUUUCACAGGAGUUACUCAGAAAUGGAGAAGACAUUCAAGAUCUUCGUGUACAACGAAGGCGAACCACCACUAUUUCACGAUGGUCCGUGCAAAAGUAUAUACUCAACAGAAGGAAGGUUUAUUCAUCAAAUGGAGCAAGAAACAAGGUUUCGUACAUAUCAUGUUUAUUUCCUUCCAUUCAGUGUUGUGAAAAUGGUUUCAUACUUGUACAUUCCUGAAACACGCGACAGUCGAGGCAUUAAACGAGCUGCGCUUGACUAUGUUAACAUCCUUGCACAAAAAUAUCCUUACUGGAACAGAAGUCUUGGAGCUGACCAUUUCGUGCUUUCAUGCCAUGAUUGGGGACCGGAGGUAUCAUUUCACAUUCCGAAUCUACACAACAACUCCAUCAGGGUGUUGUGCAAUGCUAACACCUCAGAAGGAUUUAAUCCGUCAAGGGAUGUAUCAUUUCCUGAAAUCUAUCUUAGAUCAGAUAAUGUUACAAGCUUCAUCGGUGGUCCGCCACCUUCCAAGCGUAAAUUACUAGCAUUCUACGCCGGUGGGAUUCAUGGUUACAUUCGUUCAGUAUUCGUAAACUACUGGAAAGACAAAGGCGACGAAGAUAUCAGAGUUUACAUUUCUCUCCCAAAAAAAUUCUCCUACCUUGGCAUGAUGAAGAAGAGCAAAUACUGCAUUUGUCCAAGUGGUUAUGAAGUUGCAAGCCCUAGGGUCGUCGAAGCUAUUUACGCGGAAUGUGUUCCUGUUCUCAUUUCAGACCACUACGUUCCACCAUUUAGCGAUGUUCUAAACUGGGACGCAUUUUCAAUUCAAGUUCCGCUACGUGAAAUCCCAAAUUUGAAGAAAAUCUUAACGGCAAUACCAGAAGAUAGAUACAUAAAGCUGCAGAGAAGCGUAAAACAAGUUCAAAGACAUUUCAUUGCAAACAAUGGCGCACCUAAGCGGUACGAUGUGUUCCAUAUGACCUUGCAUUCUAUUUGUUUCCGCAGACUAAAUAUCCGAGUUCAUGAUUAG